CUCCAGGGGGUUUCUUUGUGUUGGAUUCAGCAGCAGCAGCAGCAGCAGCAUCCUCCAAGCUGCAGACCCAUGGGUCCAUGCAAAUUCAGCUAUCAUAAAGUGUCAAGCCCUGCACCUCCUGUCUCCUGCUCAGCAUCCUCUGUGCUCUGAGCUGCGUCAGCCUGAGGAUUCAUCUACUUCUGUGCAGAGCUCACACAAAGGAAGUCCAAAAGCCCCCCAACACCCCCCCUAGCUGUCCUCCACCCCAUUGGAAAAGAAGAGGAAGGUGGCUGUGUGGAUCAGCGCAGGUAUCUGGACUCAUCCCCUUGGGGCACUAAAGCAUUAGUCCGGCAGGAUGGUGAAACUGGGCAACAAUUUCAGCGACAAGGGCGCAAAACCCCCUUUGUGUGAAGAUGGAUUUGAUACCAUCCCCCUGAUGACCCCUCUGGACGUCAAUCAGCUGCAGUUCCCACCUCCAGACAAGGUUGUGGUGAAAACAAAGACCGAAUAUGAAAGGGACCACAAGAAAGGAAAAUUUCGCCCUCCUAAGAUUGCAGAAUUUACAAUCAGCAUCAGUGAAGGAGUGUCUGAAAGGUUCAAGGUCACCGUCCUCGUUCUGUUUGCUCUGGCAUUUCUGGCUUGCAUCGUGUUCUUGGUAGUCUACAAGGUUUACAAGUACGACCACGCCUGUCCCGAAGGAUUUGUGCUGAAGAACAAUCGAUGCAUACCUGCAGCCCUGGACAACUACUACACUGAACAGGACCCCAGCACUCAGGGGAAGUUCUACACGGUCAUAAAUCACUACAACCUGGCCAAGCAGACCAUCACACGCUCUGUAUCACCAUGGAUGACGGUUCUGUCGGAGGAGAAGUUAUCUGAGCAGGAGACGGAAGCUUCCCAAAAGUCUGCUUAGCCACCAAGCUAAAUUUUCACCAUGAAAGGGAACUAAAAAAGGAACUUAAAAAAAAAAAAAAAAUAACAACAUGAUUCACUUCUCUGUCGCUCUGGCAGUCAAGUAGUUAAGGUUCAUUUAGAAAUUACUUGUAUUAUGUUUGAAACAAAAAAGUGCGCUUCUGUUUACUGGUAUUGCUGUGCAUACAUACUUGUACAGAUUAUUAAUGGAACAUCAAUAGCUGGUAAAUCAGACCUAGCUAACAAAUAACUUCAUAACAUGGAAGGCUUGCUUAAUAUCUUUUUUUUUGUAUCAAUUAUUUUAAACAAUGUGGAUAAUUUGAUUGAAAUUAGGUUAAAAAAAAGUUUAGUGAAGAAAGUCAACAAGGCGCAAGUUAAUUUGGUGUAUACUUUUUCCAUUAAGUAGGCUGGCGUGACUUAGAGGACCAAACAAGUACAACAUUAUUGUCUUGCUUUGCUUAGAGAUGGCGUCUGAGCUUUUUUGUUUAAGGUGGAACUACGCAACAACCCUGUUCAAAAAAAAAUAAAAAAUAAAAUCUAUCUAUCUAUAUGCAAACCUUUUUUUCUCAGCUUUGAAGAGAGUAUGGCAUGGUUAAAACCGAUGCCAGGCUUCUUUAUUGCUGUCUGUGAAGCAUCUAGAUUAGAAGAUGUCCUUCAAGAGGAGAUCUCCACAAAGGGAGGGAAAAUCUGCUCUUAAGCCAGCCAUAGACCAGGGGUGCUCAACCUUUGAAGAGCAAGGGUCACUUUGUGAUUUGGUAACCAGUCUCGGGCCACAAUAAAAUGGAAUGGUUCAAAAUUUUGAAUUUUCCCUCUGCCACUGAAAACCAGCGGGAUGGAGAGGAGGAGAAGCCAGCUUUCUGCAGUUACAGGAGAAAAAUGGAGAGAAUUAAUUCCUGUAUAGGCCAGCCCUCCUGUUCAAGUGUAAAACAGAAUGUGACAGGGAGACUGUACAGGCCCCUUGAAACAUGGGGUGGGGUCACCACUCCCCCAAAACGUGAAUGGUCUCCCUACUGUCCUGAGCCCCCUCUACAGCCUAGUACAAACAUGCCAACUGUUGGAAGGCCCGUGUGUACUGCAGCUGGACCGAUAGAAGGUGGCCCUUUGGCUGGCUUCUGUCGAAGGGGCAUGACCAAAAAAGGUCUGCCGAUCAGUGCUCCGAGCCAAUGGCUGAGAGCCCUGACUGGAGUGUUCUUGCGGAGGGGGCAUCCUACUGUCAAAACACAAUAGCACAGCAGGGGAGAUCGCUGUACUAACAUUAGAUUGUUAGCUCUUCUCAAGCUGUCAAUCUAUUUUUUCAGCCCUGAUGGGUUAGAACAAAAAAAAACAUUUAGCGUGUACCAGGCUUUAGGCUGCUAUUUACCCACACUGUUGGUGCAGCGCAGUGAACCUGCGGCUUUCCUGCGUGUUAGUUCCUUUUUACCAUAGACUUUUAUUAUAUCUUGCAGGUGUGGUGAACUUUAGUAAAUCACACCAAAACUCCUGCAUUCAGUUUGAGGGCCACAGGUUGAGUACCCCUGCCAUAGAAGGAUCAAAAUGUAACCGGUUUAGCCGGAAUGACAGAUCGACUUCAGUAAAACCAGUCUGUCAGGUUUUUUCAUUUGAUCACUGCCGGCAACUAUAGCUGCCUAGAGUGAUCAUUGUAUUCUGAUGGCUGGGAAACCUUCCACUGUCAGAAUACAAUAGCGCAGUGGGCUGAUGGGGGGAAUCAAGCAAUUUUGUUUCCUUAAACCUAUGCCUGAAGGAAAUAAAAUUACAUAGUCUAUGGCCUGCCUUAGACAGUUUUUACUAGAACAAGUUUCCCAUUGGAAGAUUUCCAUUUACCUCCCUGUGACAACUCAAAUAUGUUGUAGGCGAUUCUCUUGAUUUGGGACACAGACAGAAAUACAAACCUGACAAAAGUUCCAAGCCUUCCAUAUUCUAUAUAAAACGCAAAAAAAAAAAA